AUGUCGGCCCCACUGGCCAAGGUGCUGCACCGACUGCAAGAGCUGUUCCAUAACGUGGUCGCUGUGCUCGAAAACAUGGUCCUCUUCCCGGACCUGUUCCGCGGGCUCUCGCGACGCCGCCGAAAGCCUUUUGUUGGCGCCCACUGGAAACGCCGUACUCUCGACGACUUCGCCGAAGAAGUAGAAACCUCGUUCUCGACGCCGCUAUCAACGCGCAACAUGCUCGAUAUGUCCGAAAAGAUCCGCGCACAGUUCCGAGAAUGUUUACAGACCAGCCCGUGCUGUAUGCUCCCAUCGUACGACACCGCGCUCCCGACUGGCUCGGAGAAGGGCACAUAUCUGGCAUUGGACGUUGGUGGUUCAACAUUUCGCGUAGCUUUGAUCCAAUUGAACGGCCGAGAUGAGGAAUUGCAGAUUUUGAAGGAGUCUUCGACGUACAUUGACGAAACAAUCAAACUAUUGGAAGGAACGGAGUUCUUUGACUGGAUGGCGGGGCAGAUUGAUACCAUGCUGAAGCAAGUUGGACCUGAGUAUGGACGUGGCGACGUGCCCCUGGUUAUGGGUCUAUCCUGGUCUUUCCCCAUUGAACAGACCUCGCACAGCACGGGCUUGUUGAUUCAUAUGGGUAAAGGAUUCAAGGCUUCCAACGGCACAGUAGGCCAAGAACUGGGUGGUCUCAUCGUCCAAUCAUGCCGCAAGCGUAAUUUGAACGUGGAGGUCGCCGCUAUUGUGAACGAUAGCUCGGCGGCUCUACUGUCACGCGCCUACGUUGAUCCGAAGACUCGCAUGUCUCUCAUUCUGGGUACCGGUACAAACAUGGCCAUUCACUUCCCAGUGAGUGAGAUUGGAACGUCCAAGUUCGGUGUCCGCCCAGAGGGCUGGUUCGACUACGCCAAGCACGUCCUUAUCAACACUGAGAUGAGCAUGUUCGGUGGCGGUGUGCUACCUAUGACACGGUGGGACGACGUACUCAACCGCACGCAUCUGCGUCCGGACUACCAGCCACUGGAGUACAUGAUCACAGGGCGGUACCUGGGUGAGAUUGUACGUCUGAUAAUCGUCGAGGCCGUUGAAACCGCCCGCCUGUUCGGCGGUGAGCUGCCGCACUCCAUGCGUGACCCCUACUCCUUCGACACAAGUAUCGUCGCCUUCAUCGAAGAGGACUCCUCCAGCUCCCUUUCCGCCUCCGCCGCUUUCCUUCAAAAGCAGCACAUCUUCCCUAGCCUUCCCUCCGUCGAAGACCUACGAUUUGUCCGUCGCGUCUGCCAGACCGUCUCCCGCCGUGCGACUGGAUACUUAGCCACAGCCAUUCAUAGCAUGUGGUGUCUCCGCAACGAGGUGGAAUUCCCCACACCGCCAUCUAUCACCGAUUCCCUCGAUAAAGAAUCACCCGAAGUCACCGUCAUCGAGAGCGAAGACAGCGACAGGAACUUGACUAUUGCCUGUGACGGUACCGUCAUCAACAAGUACCCUGGCUUCCGCGAUGCCUGCCAGAACUACCUCGAUCAGCUGGCUGAGGAGAGUUACCCGGGCACCGGAUCCUCUAUCCUCCUUAACCCGGCACACGAGAGCGCUAUUCUUGGCGCCGCUGUGUCUGUGGCUGUGGCUGUAGCUGGAAAGUCCGCUCAGCCGUAA